CUGUUCGUGUUCACAGACGGGGAGGUGGGGAACACCAAGGACGUCAUCACUGAGGUGCAGCGUCACCAGGGGGCCCACAGGCACUGAGCCCGCUGACGGGACACUCCAGAGCUCGCCUGUGAACUAACCGCGGGUGUGUUAGCUCGGAGAAGGGAACAGCCAGCGAGAGGUUAGCGCAGUGAACCACGGAGCAGGUGAGUCGGUUUGUGAAUUCAGAGGAUGGGAGAGAUGUGGGAUCUGCAUUCCCCAAGGGUGCCCCGGAAUGGCUUUGGGGACCUCAGCCUGGUGUCCAGAAGGCCCCUGAUGGCAGCCAAAGAGCUCGGAGACGCGCGAUCCCUCCCAGGGUCCCUUUUCCUCGCUUAAAACCAUCCGGCGAGUUUCCAUCAGCGCCCAGGUCUCGCUGUGUGGCCUGAACGCAGACAGUUCAUGGCGCGUCCAUCGGCCUGCGUCGGGAGCUGUGCUUCGGAGUGAACGCGGGUCUGCAUUUACAUGGGCCAGGUGCCAAUGCGGGAGACACGGUGCGAUGGCUGAGACCAUCCAUCCUCACACCCCGAAACACCCGCACUCGGGAUUGCUCCAGCGGCACAAGCACAAGGAACUAUGGGGCGGGGUGAGCUCGUGAUCAGCAGGGUUACGGAGAGGUGACAACACCGCCGCCGCCGUGUCUCUGGCUCUCACAAAUUCAGAGCAGCUGUAGUUCCCAGGGCACACGCCGGGCACGUGCGACGCACUGACCCCUGCUUUGCUCUGCUCUGCCCGGUGUCCGGCUUGAGUGCUCGGGCCCUGCAGCGGGUCUGUGAUAUGCCCCACAGCACCCCUCAACCCUGCCCCCAGCCCUGCUGCCCUGGGGACCGUCUGUCCCACAGCACCCCUCAAAGCUGCCCCCAGCCCUGCCGCCUGGGGACUCUCUGCCCCACAGCACCCCUCAACCCUGCCCCCAGCCCUGCUGCCCUGGGAACCGUCUGUCCCACAGCACCCCUCAACCCUGCUCCAAGCCCUGCCGUCCUGGGGAGCGUCUGCCCCACAGCACCCCUCAACCCUGCCCCCAGCCUUGCUGGCCUGGGGACCCCCCCCAGCAACCCCAGACCCUGUCCCCUUAGCCCUGCCUGCCUGGAGAGCCCCCCAGUAACCCCAAACACUGUCCCCCCCACCCUACUGGCAUGGGCACCCUCAGCAACCCCAAACUCUCUCCCUCCAGCCUGGGGACCCCGAGCACCCACCAACCCUGCCUCCCAUUAUCUCGCCAAAGCUGCUGCCUGCCUUCCCGACCUGGAGACCCCCCUCAAACUCUCUCCCUCCAGCCCUGCCAGCAUGGAGAACCUCUGCCCCUAUCAUCUCCCCCCAGCCCUGCCAACAGAGAGACCCCAACCCCAGCAUCUGCCCAUCCCUUCACCUCACCCUGCCCCCCAGCCCUGCUGGCCCCUCUCCAACUGCCCCCCAGCACUGAAUUGACCCCCCAGCUCUGCCCCUCCUACUCCUGUCUCUGACCCCCCACUCCGGACUCUGCCUUCCUGCAGGUGUUUCUCCUUCGGCAUCGGGGAAGGGGCCUCCACGGCUCUGGUCAAAGGCAUCGCCCGGGCAGCAGGGGGCAGCGCCGAGUUCAUCACGGGCCAGGACCGCAUGCAGCCCAAGGCGCUGCAGUCUCUGAAGCGGGCCCUGCAGCCGGCCAUGACUGGGAUAUCGCUGAGCUGGGAUCUGCCCCCCGGGAUGGAGGCGGCGCUGCUGAGCCGGGGCCCUGAGGUGAUCUUCCCUGGGCAGCGGUGCCUCAUCUACGCCCAGCUCCGCGGGCAGCCCCAGCCCCCAGACCCUGCCGUGGGGGGCGUCACCCUGCAGUAUCGCAUCCAGGACCAGACCUACAAGGAGACGCUGCAGUUCCCCCUGCAGCCACAGGAUGGUGACAGGCUGCCCGUUCACCGGCUGGCAGCCAAGUCGCUGCUGCUGGAGCUGGAGGGGGCCGUGGACACCGGGUCGGAGGGGGACCGGAGCCGGGCGCUGGAGACCAGCCUGAGCUCGGGGGUCGUCUGCUCCCUCACGGCCUACGUGGGGGUGGACACAGAGCGGGGGCAGCCGGUGCAGGGGCCGCUGGUGAGACGGGACAUCCCGCUGGCAGCCUUCGGGGCCGCACCCCGCAUGCGGAGAUUGCUGUGUUCCUCCAUGGGCCAUUCCCCCCCUGUGCUCAGGGCCCAGGCCCAAGGGCCUUCCCUUGUGUCCGUGGACUGCGCCAGGGCCUGCAACUUUGACAACAGCUCGGAUGUGCAAGUUCAGAGCCACCGCCCCUCCGUCCCCUUCCAGGACACUCACCCCCAGGGCUUCUCACAGGAAGUACAGAUUAUGUCCCCCUCCUGUGCCGCUCGUCCUGGCUCCCGCACCAUCUCAGAGCACAUUGUCAGGAAGUUCUGCGCAUACAGCGCCCCGCCGGAGACCGCGUCCCAGAAAGAGCGGGCUCCGGAGGAAUCUCCCCUGCUGAGGCUGGUGUCUCUGCAGAAUGCCGACGGCUCGUGGGACCUGGACCCCCGGCUGGCCGCUGCGCUGGGGGUGAGCGAGACCGACGCCAGGGGGAGGAUGCCCAGUAAGGACGUGCCCCCCGGUGUCUGGGCCACGGUGCUGGCCGUGGUCUGGCUGCACGGCCGGGCCGCGGGGCAGCGCGACGAGUGGGAGCUGCUGGAGGCCAAGGCUGUGGGCUGGGUGCGGGGCCAAGCAGGGCCCCGGCUGAGCGAAUGUCUGGAAGCCGCCAACACCCUGCUGGGCUGCAGCGUUGGCCCUGCUGUCUUCGGGCUCUGAGCCCCCCCGGAUCCCUGUACCCCUCCCCACAAGAUACCCAGGGCCUUCUGCCCAGCUGAACCUCCCCAUCCCUAUACCCCCCCCCACCCCAGCUACCCUGGGCCUCCAGCCCCGCUAACCCCCCCACGGGGAUCCUAAAUUAAGAGCAGCCAGUUGGUUGCAUAAGUUUAAGGAAAACAGUUUAAACUGACCCAGUCACUCACAGCGGAGGAAGGUGGUUGUGCAGACAGGCCCUUGCUGCUGCGGGCAGAGACUGUCUCUGCCAGCCCCUCGCUGGAAUAAAGCAGUUCCCCCAGUU